CAAAGUUAUGCCAAACACGACAACAAGACUUCAGACAUAAUACCGGAGGAAAGGUGUUAUGGUGGCGGAGGAUAUGGUGGCGGCGGCUAUAGAAAUGGUGGUGGAGGUGGUGGUGGAUACCCCGUCUACAUACCUGUCCCAGUGAAUACUGGUGGCGCGGGAAAUGCGGGAACUGGCACAGUAACCGGAGUGCAACCUCUGUCAGACGGUAGUUACCUGUUAUACUGCGGUAAUGUCGUGUGCGGUCGUACAGCUCCGGGAGCUAACGUUGCCCUUUCCUAUGGAAAGCCUGUCAACGAUACAGAUCCCGAAGCCCGAUGUUAUGGAGGGGGUUAUGGCUAUGGAGGUUACCCGGUGUACAUCCCGGUGCCCGUGGCGGCUAAUGGUGCUCCCGGAACGGGAACGGCUGCUAACCCUAACGUACCGCAAGUAACUGGAGUCCAGCAACUGUCUGAUGGUACCUUGCUACUUUACAACGGCAACACCAUCAUUGGUCGUACCUUACCUGGCCGUACGAUUAACACACCUAACGGUCCCCUGAAUACCGGUACCGCACAACCAGUUCCCGCCGCCGCUAAUAAUGUCCCGCAAAUCACCGGUCAGUCCCAACCUAACGGCCCAAAUGGACCUACCAUUUUGUAUUCCGGACAGACCCCGGUAGCCCAGUUGCCAGCAGGGUACACCAUUGUACCACCCGCUAAUAACGGCAAAUAA